AUCACAAUGCUUGCAUCUCGAUCGGCCAUUAUUAGUACUUUCAUUAUUUCCUGUUUCUUUUCACUGACCCUUAUUACUCUGUAUUUAAAUUAUGGUCAGUAAUUUUGUUUUUGCAAUGUUUAAGUAUGUUAUUAGUAUUAUAAACGGAUAAUGUCAUUCAAUCACAUUUAGGCUCAAACGAUUGUCACGAAGGUUCAUUUUUGUGCAGUCAGUCAGACAUUUGUAUUGCAAAUAAAUAUAAAUGUAAUAAUUUUUCUGAUUGCCAAGAUGGAGAAGAUGAAGACAUUCUUAUGUGCACCGAUUUUUUUGGAAGUAUGCAACAUUAUGACAAAGUGAUUAAUAUUACAAAACCGGAUCCAGAACAAAAUUCAACUUGUAAUGAAUCAAUUCCGCUUUGUGCUUUAAGCAAUUAUCCCGCCGAAUGCGAUUGUUUCAAUGAAACGUGGUUACGAUGUAAUAAUAUUGGACUAACAAAAGUGCCUAGAAAUAUAUCUUCUAAUCUAAAAAAAAUAUCAAUGAGGAGCAACAAUAUAGUUCUUUCUAACGAUUCAUUUGAUGGGUAUUAUUCGUUGAAAGUUAUCCACUUACAAUAUAAUAGAUUGUCUGUAAUACCUCCAUUUGUCUUUAAACAUCAAAAUAAAUUAAAAUUUCUUAUUUUACUACAUAAUGAGUUGAGUAUUUUGGAAAAAGAUGCACUUUACGGAUUGGUUAAUGUUGAACACUUAAUGUUGGAUAAUAAUUAUUUGGUAUUUUUAAAUUUAAACUCCUGGAAACACAUGAUCAAUGUAAAAGUUAUAGAUUUAUCAUAUAAUAUGUUGACUUUUAAGAACGAAUGUUUUCCACACUUACCGAAUCUCUUUAUGUUAGAUUUACAAGGGAAUCGUAUCGAAACAAUAAAUGAGUUCCUGUUCGCAUACUUGCCAACACUAUUGGCCUUGAAUUUAAGUAGCAACGCAAUUACAUCGAUUCAUAAAAAUGCGUUUAAAAACUUAUUGAGUCUUUCCGAAUUAGAUAUAGCUUACAAUCAGAUUACAACAAUCACGCAUGAAUUACAGCCAUUAAAAAUAUUAAAUAAAUUAUUUUUAGGAAAUAAUCCAAUUACAAGAAUAAACAAAGUUGUUUUCUCAGAAAUGAAAAAUCUCUUUUCGUUAGAUAUGAAAGGCAUAAAUAAAGAAAAUAUUGAAUUGUCAUUAUUUAAUAACUUGACUACACUGGAAUUUCUUUACUUAAAAGAAUUUCAUUAUUGUGUUUUGUACGCCCAACAUGUUAAAUUUUGUUAUCCAAACACAGAUGGGUUAUCAUCAAGUUAUAAUCUCCUCCCAAAUUCGACUUUUCGAUGGUUCCUAUGGAUGGUAACAGUUCUAACCUUGAUAUUUAACUCAUUAGUUUUAUACGGUCGGAUGUUUAAUAUAUUCAAAGAUGAAAAUAAAGCGAUAAACUUUGUCAUACGGAAUUUAGCUGUUGCUGAUUUGUUCAUGGUGAUAUACUUAAUGUUUAUUGGUUAUCACGAUCAAAUAUACAGGAAUGAAUAUUAUUUAUAUGCACAUGAGUGGGAGUCAUCUAAUUUGUGUACCAUAGUCGGCAUUAUGGCUGUGAUUUCGUCAGAAGUAUCUAUGCUUAUAUUGGUGUUUCUCAGCUUGGACAGAUUUCUACUCAUAGCUGUGCCAUUUUCUGGUUAUCAAGUAUUGAAAAUGAAAACAGCCGUAUACUGUAUGUUAUCAAUUUGGGUGGUCGGUAUAAGUAUAUCAAUCGCACCAUUGAUUUUAUGGAAGCAUUCGUCAAAAUUCUACGGUUCCAACGGUUUGUGCUAUCCUUUAUAUAUCGAAGAUCCAUUUGUUAAUGGAUGGCAAUAUUCGGCAUUUAUGUUUUUGGGAUUAUAUACAACAAGUUUAUUACUGAUGUCCGUUCUGUAUGCAUUAAUGUUUAUAAAUGUUAGACAAACAAGACAUGCUGCUCGCAUUUCCGCUGGUGAUUUCGAUUUUGCAAUUCGUUGCUUUUUCAUUGUUUUGGCGAACAUUUUAUGUUGGUCACCCAUAAUCGUUUUGAAAUUGGCAGCGUUAAGGAAGUACCAUAUUUCAAGUAAACUGUACGUGUGGUUAAUUAUAUUUGUUGUACCAAUCAAUGCGUUAGUAAAUCCAUUGCUAUAUACUUUUACAACACCGAAAUAUAUAACAGCCGUAACUUCAACAAAUUUUUUCAAGAUGACUUACCGUUACUCGAGCAGUGAAAUGUCACAAUCAUCGCAUCCAAUAUCCAUAUACAGUAGGAAAUACAUCAAGAAAAAUAGGAAGAAGGCACUUGAAGAAAAGCGGGAGGAAAAAAAUAGAACUCAAGAAAACAGUUUAGAAACAACAAAUGGUGAAUAAUUUCUCGACGAAAUACUAUUAUGUAUAGUAUUGUGUAAACCGCUUUUAAAAUUAGUUUAAGUAAAUACUAUUUAGUCUGUUUUUAAUUAACCAAAAAUGCAUUUACAUUACACUGUAGGUGGAUAGGUACAUUGUAGGUAGGUAAAAAAAAUCGAGACCACAUUACCUACAAGCCGAAUAUUCAGCUAUUUACGACACGGAAUAAUGGGUACCAGACUAAAUACCUAAUAUUUAUUUCGGUUAUAAUACGUAACAGCUAAUUACAAAUAUUAUAAAUAAAUUUAUUAUGAUAGUAGAAUAUCUAAAUAGUGUUGAAAAACAGCCUAUUUUACAAUAAAUUUACAUUUUAUCCAACCAUACAGUCUAUGUGUAUUGAAGCAUUUUAUGAUAUUUUUCAAACAAAUAUUAAACGAUAUGUUGUAUUUAAAUUUUAUAUUU